AUGUCUGCCUCUUCCGAUACCGUAACGAUCGAGACCCUGCCCGAGGUCCUCAAGGAUGACACCAAGGUCAAGGUAGCAGGAAUCGACGUUGACGGCAUGUUGCGCGGCAAGGUCGUCUCCAAGAAGAAGUUCCUCUCAAUCGCAAAAGAGGGCUUCGGUUUCUGCAGCGUCAUCUUCGGCUGGGAUAUGCACGACAUGACCUAUAUACAAGAGCUCAAGGUUAGCAACAAGGAGAACGGAUACCGCGAUCUGAUCGCUGUUCCCGACCUGGGCAGCUUCAGGCGCAUACCCUGGGAGGACGACGUUCCCUUCUUCCUCGUCAGCUUUAUGGACCCAGACACUAUGAAGCCUGUUUGCGCCUGCCCCCGUGGCUUACUCAAGACGCAACUUGAGAAACUCCAAAAGAAUGGCUACGAUGCCAUGGCAGGAGCCGAGUUCGAGUUCUUCCAAUUCAAGGCCCCCUCCGAUUCGAGUUCAUCGGCCGCUGCCUACAUGCGCGACAAUAUCCCAGCGUCCAUCCCUUCCUUAACCGAGGGUAUGUUCGGAUACAGCAUCACGCGGCCAACCCUCAACAAGGAUUACUACUAUGACGUGUUCAAUACAUGUCAGAAGUUCCAAUGCGACAUUGAAGGGUGGCAUACGGAGAGUGGACCGGGUGUCUACGAGGCGGCUCUCGAAUUUGGUCAGAUCUCGGGAAUGGCAGAUCGAGCGUCUCUGUUCAAGUACACUGUUCGGUCCGUCGCUAGCAAGUACGGUAUAACGCCCUGCUUCAUGGCCAAGCCCAAGCAAGGCCUGCCGGGGAACAGUGGGCAUACACACGUCUCGGUCGUCGACAAGGAUGGCAAGAACCUCUUCGUCCGCGAGAAGAAGGACGAGAACUCCCAGUACCCCGACAUUGCGCACCUGAGCGACCUGGGCCGACACUUCUUGGCGGGUAUCCUGGACGGCCUACCUGAUGUGAUGCCCAUGGUGGCACCUACGGUGAACAGCUACAAGCGGCUGGUUGAGAACUUCUGGGCGCCGGUGACAGUAUCGUGGGGUCUUGAGCACCGGGCCGCAUCCAUUCGAAUCAUUGCGCCGCCCACUUCCAAGGCAGGCGCGACCCGGUUCGAAGUUCGGGUGCCAGGCGCGGAUGCGAACCCAUUUUUCGUCAUGUCGGCAAUCCUAGGGCUCGGAUGGCGCGGCGUGGAAAAGAAGAUGGAGAUUCCCAUCCCCCCGCUGGGUAAAGGCGAGGACGUGGGUGGAAGCGCCGACAGCGGUGCCCGCCUGGCAAAGACUUUGAGGGAGGCUACAGACAGGUUCGCCAGAAAAGAAAGCGUUGCGCGCGAGGUAUUUGGUGACGACUUUGUAGAUCAUUUCGCCGGCACGCGAAAUCACGAGAUCCGGCUCUGGGACGAAGCCGUCACGGAUUGGGAGCUCAAGCGGUAUAUCGAAACAGUGUAG